AUGAGGACUAGUAAAGAAGCUCAGUUCCCGAAGCCAGUCCGGUCGGAUCCUAGCCAAAGGGAUCACAAUCUAUGGUGUGAAUAUUACAGGACUCAUGACCAUAAGAUUGGGGACUACCAACGUCUUCGUGAAAAGGUGGCGACAUUGUUGAAGAAUGGUCACCUCAGAGAGUUUUUUAGUGAUCACACUAAAAACAAAUAUGGAAGAGACCGGGACAAUGCGGGGCCAUCAAAGCCAGCAGCAUGGUCUUCUCAGAUGACAAUCAACAUGAUGUUCGGAGGGGAUGAGGUCAAUGGAGUAACAUUUUCGGUGGAAAAAAAAACGAAGAUAUCACUGACUCAUGGCAGGAGAGUCCAAGAAAGCUCAGAAGAUGACAUCACCUUCAUAGAGGAGGAUGCAGAUGGACUUCUUCUACCACACAAUGAUGCUUUGAGACUUUUGGAGCAAGCGAAGUUAGCCGAAAAUAUCAUUCCGGCAACAAAACUUCUAGCCGGCUUCAACCUAACGAGUGUGAUGACCCGAGGAGAAAUUUUGCUGCCCACACAUGCUGAAAGUGUAACGAAGACCACACUGAUCAAAGUGGUAGAUGGCCACAUGGGCUAUAAUGUAAUCCUCGGAAGGCUGUGGAUACAUAAAACAAAGGACGUACCUUCGACCUACCAUCAACUGUUAAAGUUUCCGAUGCCAGAAGGGGUCAAGAAGAUCAGAGGAGAUCAACAGGCUGCAAGGGAGAUGAACACAGUUACCAUUUCCAGUAGCAGGGGCGAGGAAACCAGCAAAUAG